AUGGAGCCCGAGCUGCUGCAGGCGCCGCUGCUGGGCCUCGGGGAGGCGGACGAGGCCGACCUCAGCGACUGGAACCUGCCGCUGGCCUUCAUGAAGAAGCGGCACAGCGAGAAGAUCGAGGGCUCCAAGUCGCUGGCGCAGAGCUGGAGGAUGAAGGACCGGAUGAAGACCGUUAGUGUGGCCCUUGUGCUGUGCCUCAACGUUGGCGUGGACCCUCCGGACGUGGUGAAGACCACCCCCUGUGCCCGACUAGAGUGCUGGAUAGAUCCUCUGUCAAUGGGUCCUCAGAAAGCUCUGGAAACCAUUGGUGCGAACUUACAGAAGCAGUAUGAAAACUGGCAGCCCCGGGCCCGCUACAAGCAGAGCCUUGACCCGACCGUGGAUGAAGUCAAGAAGCUUUGCACGUCUCUACGCCGCAACGCCAAGGAGGAACGAGUUCUCUUCCACUACAACGGCCAUGGGGUGCCCCGGCCCACCGUCAACGGCGAGAUCUGGGUCUUCAACAAGAACUACACACAGUAUAUCCCACUGUCCAUCUAUGACCUGCAGACUUGGAUGGGCAGUCCAUCCAUCUUCGUCUACGACUGCUCCAACGCCGGCCUCAUUGUCAAGUCCUUCAAGCAGUUUGCCCUUCAGAGAGAGCAGGAGCUGGAGGUCGCUGCCAUUAACCCAAACCAUCCGCUUGCCCAGAUGCCCUUGCCGCCGUCCAUGAAGAACUGCAUCCAGCUGGCCGCCUGCGAGGCCACCGAGCUGCUGCCCAUGAUCCCCGACCUGCCCGCUGACCUCUUCACAUCCUGCCUCACCACACCCAUCAAGAUCGCCCUGCGCUGGUUCUGCAUGCAGAAGUGCGUCAGCCUGGUGCCCGGAGUCACGCUGGAUUUGAUAGAAAAGAUCCCUGGGCGCCUGAAUGACCGGCGGACACCCCUGGGUGAGCUCAACUGGAUCUUCACGGCCAUCACGGACACCAUCGCCUGGAACGUGCUCCCCCGAGAUCUCUUCCAGAAGCUCUUCCGGCAGGACUUGCUGGUGGCCAGCCUGUUCCGGAAUUUCCUGUUGGCGGAGAGGAUCAUGAGGUCGUACAACUGCACGCCUGUGAGCAGCCCGCGCCUGCCCCCCACGUACAUGCACGCCAUGUGGCAGGCGUGGGACCUGGCCGUGGACAUUUGCCUCUCUCAGCUGCCAACCAUCAUCGAGGAAGGCACCGCAUUCCGGCACAGCCCUUUCUUUGCCGAGCAGCUGACCGCAUUCCAGGUGUGGCUUACCAUGGGCGUGGAGAACAGGAACCCCCCAGAGCAGCUCCCCAUCGUCCUGCAGGUGCUGCUGAGCCAGGUGCAUCGGCUGCGAGCCCUAGACUUGCUGGGGCGGUUUCUGGACUUGGGUCCCUGGGCAGUGAGCCUGGCCCUGUCUGUCGGCAUCUUUCCCUACGUGCUGAAGCUGCUCCAGAGUUCAGCCCGGGAGCUGCGGCCCCUCCUGGUGUUCAUAUGGGCCAAGAUCCUCGCCGUGGACAGUUCAUGCCAGGCGGACCUUGUGAAGGACAAUGGUCACAAGUACUUCCUGUCAGUCCUGGCGGACCCCUACAUGCCGGCCGAGCAUCGGACCAUGACAGCCUUCAUCCUAGCUGUAAUCGUCAAUAACUACAACACGGGCCAGGAAGCCUGCCUUCAGGGGAACCUGAUUGCCAUCUGUCUGGAGCAGCUCAAUGACCCCCACCCUCUCCUGCGCCAGUGGGUGGCCAUCUGCCUGGGCCGCAUCUGGCAGAACUUCGACUCGGCCCGCUGGUGUGGAGUGCGGGACAGCGCACACGAGAAGCUCUGCAGCCUCCUCUCGGACCCCAUUCCCGAGGUCCGCUGUGCUGCCGUCUUUGCCCUGGGCACCUUUGUAGGCAACUCUGCCGAGAGGACCGACCACUCAACCACCAUCGAUCACAACGUGGCCAUGAUGCUGGCCCAGCUCAUCCACGACGGCAGCCCCGUGGUGCGCAAGGAGCUGGUGGUGGCACUGAGUCACCUGGUGGUUCAGUAUGAGAGCAAUUUCUGCACCGUUGCCUUACAGUUCAUGGAGGAGGAGAAGAAUUACCCCCUGCCCUCGCCUGCAGCCACAGAGGGCGGCAGCCUGACCCCCGUGCGGGACAGUCCGUGCACCCCCAGGCUCCGCUCCGUGAGCUCCUAUGGAAACAUCCGCUCGGUGACCACUGCCAGGAGCUUGAACAAGUCUCUGCAGAACCUGAGCCUCAGCGAGGAGUCCGGUGGCUCCGUGGCAUUCUCUCCUGGGAACCUCAGCGCCAGCAGCAGCGCCAGCAGCACCCUGGGCAGCCCCGAGAACGAGGAGUACAUCCUGUCCUUUGAGACCAUCGACAAGAUGCGGCGUGUCAGCUCCUACUCUUCCCUCAACUCGCUCAUAGGCGUUUCUUUUAAUAGUGUUUACACUCAGAUCUGGAGAGUCCUCCUGCACCUAGCUGCUGACCCCUAUCCAGAUGUGUCCGACCUGGCCAUGAAGGCCCUCAACAGCAUUGCCUACAAGGCCACAGUGAACGCCCGGCCUCAGCGGAUCCUCGAUACGUCGUCCCUGACGCAGUCUGCGCCGGCCAGCCCCACCAACAAGGGCGCCCACAUCCACCCGGUGGGGGGCUCCCCCCCGACUCCCAGCACCAGCAGCUCCAGCCUGACCAACGAUGUGGCCAAGCAGCCGGUCAGCCGCGAGCUGCCCGCAGGCCGGCCGGGCACCACCAGCACCGUGGGGGGACAGUACACACCCCACUCCCACCAGUUCCCCCGGACGCGCAAGAUGUUCGACAAGGGCCCAGACCAGACUGCGGACGACGCUGAUGACGCCGUGGGUCACAGGAGCUUCAUCUCGCCCGCCGUGCACACUGGCUUCUGCGACUGGAGUGCCAGAUACUUCGCCCAGCCCGUCAUGAAGAUCCCGGAGGAGCACGACCUGGAGAGUCAGACCCGCAAGGAGCGUGAGUGGCGCUUCCUACGGAACACGCGUGUGCGCAGGCAGGCCCAGCAGCUCGUCCAGCGGGGCAUCACCCGCCUGGAUGACCAGAUAUUCCUCAACCGGAACCCAGGCGUGCCCUCAGUGGUCAAGUUCCACCCAUUCACGCCGUGCGUAGCCGUGGCCGACAAAGACAGCAUCUGCUUCUGGGACUGGGAGAAGGGGGAGAAGCUGGAUUAUUUCCACAACGGGAACCCUCGGUAUACCAGGGUCACCGCCAUGGAGUACCUCAAUGGUCAUGACUGCUCGCUCCUGCUGACGGCCACUGAUGAUGGUGCCAUCAGGGUCUGGAAGAACUUUGCGGACUUGGAGAAGAACCCCGAGAUGGUGACCGCGUGGCAGGGACUCUCCGACAUGCUGCCCACAACACGAGGAGCCGGCAUGGUGGUGGACUGGGAACAGGAGUCUGGGCUCCUUAUGAGCUCAGGGGACGUGCGAGUCAUCCGGAUCUGGGACACGGAACGGGAGAUGAAAGUGCAGGAUAUCCCCACGGGUGCAGACAGUUGUGUCACCAGCCUGUCCUGUGACUCCCAUCGCUCCCUCAUCGUGGCCGGCCUGGGCGACGGCUCCAUCCGUGUGUACGACAGGAGGAUGGCCCUCAGCGAGUGCCGCGUCAUGACCUACCGUGAGCACACAGCCUGGGUGGUCAAGGCAUACCUGCAGAAGCACCCCGAGGGCCACAUCAUGAGUGUCAGUGUCAACGGGGACGUGCGCUUCUUCGACCCCCGCAUGCCGGAGUCUGUGAACGUGCUACAGAUCGUGAAGGGUCUCACGGCCCUGGACUUCCACCCGCAGGCCAACCUCAUCGCCUGUGGCUCCAUGAACCAGUUCACUGCCAUCUACAACGGCAACGGCGAGCUUAUCAACCACAUCAAGUACUACGACGGCUUCAUGGGCCAACGGGUCGGCGCCAUCAGCUGUCUGGCCUUUCACCCACACUGGCCCCACCUGGCGGUCGGCAGCAAUGACUACUACAUCUCCGUGUACUCGGUGGAGAGGCGUGUCAGAUAG